AUGGAAUUAAUACAUUUACUUGUGCUCCUGCUCUUGUUCUGGGUCGGUGCCGAUGCUGUCAUAAACCUCAAAUAUGGAAUAAACGAGGAGAUGAAGCCCGGCUCUGUGAUUGGGAACGUGACAAAGGACGCGCUCAAACAAGGAUUCCAAAUCGCACCGCAGCCGCCUUUCUUGCGGGUCAUCUCCAAUUCAGAGCCGCGCUGGGUGGAACUCAGCCCGGCCGGCAUUCUUACCACGCAAAUGAAGAUCGACCGGGAUGUAGUGUGCCGCCAGAACCCCAAGUGCAUUAUUUCUUUGGAGGUGAUGUCCAACUCAAUGGAGAUCUGCGUCAUUAAAGUUGAAAUCGAGGAUUUGAAUGACAACGCGCCCAAGUUCCCAACAAGCCACAUUGACAUCGAGAUCUCGGAAAACGCGUCCCCCGGGACCAGAUUUCCCCUGGAGGGGGCAAGCGAUCCGGACUCGGGCGUGUACGGCGUGCAGUCAUACUCCAUCACCCCAAACGAGCUUUUCGGACUGGAGAUUAAAACGCGAGGGGACGGCUCUAAAAUUGCAGAGCUUGUCGUGCAAAAAUCAUUAGACCGAGAGACCCAGUCCCAUUAUACGUAUGAGAUCAGCGCGGAGGAUGGAGGGGAGCCACCAAAAAUAGGUGCGGUCCAAUUAAACAUCAAAGUCAUUGAUUCCAAUGACAACAACCCUGUGUUUGACGAGCCAGUGUAUACUGUUAAUGUCAUGGAGAACUCACCAAUCAACACUCUAGUAAUAGAUUUAAAUGCAACAGAUCCCGAUGAGGGCACCAACGGAGAGGUGGUGUACUCGUUCAACAGUUACGUCACCGAGAAGACGAGGGACGCGUUCAAAAUUGAUCCUCGGACAGGUAUCAUAACUGUCAACGGCAUUCUGGAUUAUGAGAGCACCCAGAUUUAUGAGAUUGAUGUACAGGCCAAAGAUUUGGGACCCAACUCCAUACCUGCGCACUGCAAAGUAACAGUGAAUGUGAUGGACACCAACGACAACCCGCCUGUCAUCAGCCUGCUCUCCCUUAACACAGAGAUGGUGGAGGUGAGCGAGAACGCGCAGCGCGGGUACGUUAUUGCCCUGGUGCGUGUUUCUGACAAAGAUGCUGGGGCCAAUGGCAAGGUGCAGUGCCGACUCCAGGGUAACGUCCCCUUUCGGCUACAAGAGUACGAGAGCUUCUCCACCAUCCUGGUGGAUGGUCGGCUUGACCGUGAGCAAAAAGACACUUACAACCUGACAAUCCAGGCAGAGGACAGCGGCAUUCCACCCCUGCGUGCCACCAAAUCGCUGGUGGUCAAAGUGGCGGACGAGAAUGACAACCCACCGCAUUUUCUCAAGCCACACUAUCAGGAGAUGGUGAUGGAGAACAACCUACCCGGCUCGUGCCUGCUGGCGGUCUCAGCAGAAGACCCCGACCUGGGCAUGAACGGAACGGUGUCAUAUUCCAUAGUCCCUGGUGAGAUUAAGCAUAUGGACGUUAACACUUAUGUGAGCAUAAACCCAUCAGGCCGCAUUUAUUCCAUGAGGUCCUUUGACCACGAAUACACAAGGACUUUUGACUUUAAAGUUCUGGCCCGAGACAAUGGCAAUCCAUCUUUGUCAAGCAAUGCCACUGUGAGAAUUGUGGUGUUGGAUGUCAAUGACAACACGCCCGUCAUGACCAACCCGCCUUUGGUGAAUGGCACUGCUGCGGUGUCAAUCCCCAGGAACGCCGGCGCAGGCUACAUGGUGACCCAGGUGAAGGCGGACGACUAUGAUGAAGGCGAGAAUGGACGGCUCACUUACACCAUCUCUGAAGGAGACCGGGCCUUCUUUGAGAUUGACCAAGUCAACGGAGAAGUGCACUCCACCCGCAUGUUCAGCGAGAAUGCUAAAUCCACCUAUGAGAUAACAGUGGUGGCCCGAGAUCAUGGCAAGCCUUCCCUGUCUGCCUCAGCCUACAUCGAGGUGUACCUGUCGCCGGACCUGAAUGCCCAGGAAUCCAUUGGACCCGUCAACCUAUCCCUCAUCUUCAUCAUUGCCCUGGGCUCAAUUGCCGCCAUCCUUUUUGUCACCAUGAUUUUCGUGGCGGUUAAGUGCAAGAGGGACAACAAGGAAAUCCGGACCUACAACUGCAGGGUGGCUGAGUACUCCUAUGGCAAUCAGAAGAAGUCAAGCAAGAAGAAGAAGCUGAACAAGAACGACAUCCGCCUGGUCCCGCGCGAUGUCGAAGAGACGGACAAGAUGAACGUGGUGAGUUGCUCAUCACUCACCUCCUCACUCAACUACUUUGACUACCACCAGCAGAGCCUGCCGCUGGGCUGCAGGCGCUCUGAGAGCACCUUCCUCAACGUGGAAAACCAGAACUCACGCAAUGCCGCACCCAACCACGGCUAUCAGCAACCGUUCACCGGGCAGGGCCACCAGCAGCCAGACCUCAUCAUCAACGGCAUGCCACUGCCAGAGACGGAGAAUUAUUCAAUUGACUCCAGUUACGUGAACAGCAGAGCUCACCUCAUUAAAAGUUCGUCGACAUUCAAGGACCUGGAGGGGAAUAGUUUAAAGGACAGCGGCCACGAGGAGAGUGACCAGACUGACAGCGAACACGAUGUCCAGCGAGGACACUAUGUUGACACAGCUGUCAAUGACAUGCUCAACAUGACCGUGCCUCCUAAUGUUUGCCAGCAUCCAGAUCAAGAUCCCGCCGAAGGCUUCCACUGUCAAGAGGAGUGCCGAAUCCUAGGACACUCUGACCGCUGUUGGAUGCCUCGGGUCCCCCUAGCGGCACGCGUCAAGUCACCCGAGCACCCCCGCAAUGUCAUCGCUUUGUCAAUCGAAGCCACCACGGUGGAUGUACCCCACUAUGAGGAUGGUACUACUAAGAGGACUUUUGCCACCUUCGGUAAGGACGGGCCCGAGGACGUGGAGCGAGGCGACUUGAAGGGGAAGCGGACUCACGAGUCUCAGGUGUGCAGCCCUAAGGCCAAUGGCGGAGCCGUGCGUGAAGCCGGCAAUGGGCGAGAGGCAGGCAGUCCAAUUACUUCCCCGGUGCACCUGAAAAGCCCCAUGUCUAAGCCCUUGUCCAACUACAACACACUGAAAUGUCGCGACGCAGAGCGCAUCGCCAACCACAGUCUGCUCCGGCAACCAGAGGGCAAAGACAGUGAGCCGUCGGUGCGGGAGUUUAACACGCUUCUUCACGACGGCCGUGAUAAGGAGUCCCCCAGCAGCAAGCGCUUGAAGGACAUUGUGCUUUAG